GUACCUUUCUCUCGCAAAAGAAUCAUUAAAAGACCCAGCUAGCUUGUCCCAGAUUUCUGCUCCGCUCUUUGCUUGUGGGUUACAGCUGGACAAACUUAGAGGAGAUGUAGAACCAGGGCUGCGGAGAGCUCGACGCCGCUCUCUUGGUUUACACCUUCUGGACCGGGAUCUUCGUUGAAGGGUGUUCAAUGGAGGCAGGUUCUGCUGGAUUUAUUCGGUGUUAUAGUCGUGGAGAAGGUGACCUGUUGAGGAAGGUAAGAGGCUGACCUGGGGUGACCCCUCAGAGCUUGUCUUUCCAUAUCGGCACGUACUCGGAACGAUUCUGAAACCAUGAUGAGAAGACUUUUUAAGAGCCAGAAGGGACGUUUCUCCCUUCGCCAAAGCAGAUCUGGAUCCCGCAGCGCCUCCAAAGAUUUCUAUCCAAACCCCAAUGUGCUGAGAGAUUUUCCCCUGAAUAUUGAAUUGGCUCUUCCAGCGAACAACCAGGGUUGGCCGGAAGACUUUGGCUUUAAGCUGGGUGGAGAUGGACCCAGUUAUAUCCUCUCUGUGGUGGAGGGCAGCAGCGCUUACAUGGCAGGACUGCAGCCGGGUGACCAGGUUCUGGAGAUCGACGGGCAGAACGUUUCCACUCUGAGCACGAAAGCACUCAUCGCCCUGGCUCAGACCCUCAAAACAGUGCCGCCCAGCAUCGGAGUCGUGUCUCGGAUUGAACAGAUGGACAUUUCCCCUGGGCCUGACGGUCGAUUCGGCUUCACCAUAGUGGGAGACAGCCCCCUGCUGGUGGAGGACUGCAUGCCCAACUCUCCAGCAGGGCGGAGUGGUCUCCGGGCAGGUGACUAUGUGAUGGAGGUGAACGGGAUUCCAGUGAAGCAACACGAGACGGCAGCGGCCAUGAUCAAGGUGUCUCAGGGCCGCACGCUGCGCCUGGGCGUCCUGCGUAUCAACCGGUGGCAGAAACGCACCAGCACCAGCAUGAAAGAGACGUAUCAGAGCGGAGACAUGUUCAGACAGGACCGCAAGCACAAAGCUCUGGAGUUUAAUAAAAAGGUUGAAGAGAUUUUAGGGGAGGAGCCUGAGGUGAAAGAGAGGCUUUUUGAUUUGCUGAAGCAGUACGCAAAUGAGAGGGACGUUGACGGACUGGCAUCCACCCUUCCAGAAAUACUGCUUACCGAGGAGCAUCAGCAACUGAUUGACAGCAUCAGGAUCUUCAUCCCUAAGAAGCACAGGCAGCGUUUCGAUGAGAUGGUCUCGCAGAGCCUCAUCAGUCGCCUGAGGGGCCGAAGUUUCAGCGACCACCGGAACAACCGUCUCCGUCGUAGCCGGAGUGAGGACCACCCCGAACGUCUGCUGUCUGUGUCCACCCGAGCCAGCUCUGUGCCGCGGACAGCCAAUGAAGAAGUGGCUAUGCCCCCUACCCGCGGCCUGCGCAAGACCACCUCACUGAUCGGGGGACAUUCAAGCUCCUUCUCAACACGCAGGACAGUACGAGUAUACAAAGGAAACCAGAGUUUUGGAUUUACUUUGCGUGGGCACGCUCCAGUCUGGAUUGACUCUGUAAUACCAGGCAGCCCUGCUGAGAAGGCCGCUCUGAGACCUGGAGAUCGCAUCCUGUUUCUAAAUGGGUUGGAUAUGAGGAGUUGUUCGCAUGAGAAGGUGGUGUCCUUGCUGCAGGGCAGUGGAGCAAUGCCCAGUCUGGUGGUUGAAGAUGGGCCACCGGCCUUCACCAUGUCUGAAGUCGAGCAGGUGGAGGCGUCUCCUCGCUCCCGCGCUCCGGUGCUCAGCUCCCUGCAGUGGGUCGCAGAGAUCCUGCCUCCCAGCAUCCGUGUACAUGGCCGAACCUUCAGUCAGCAGCUCGAGCACCUCCUCACCAUCCAGGAGAGAUACACCAUCUGUAAAGCCCUGGAGGCCUUCUUCCAGCACAGAAAUGUGGACACUUUGAUUGUAGACGUGUUCCCUGUGUUGGACACCCCGGCAAAGCAGGUGAUCUGGCAGUUUGUUUACCAGCUGCUAACAUACGAGGAGCAAGAACUCUGCCAGAACAAGAUCUCACGCUUCCUUGGAUAUAAAGUCACCUUGCCAGUAUCAGAACCUGAACAUCCGGCUCAUGAGCCUCAUCGGCGCAGCAGCUCCAUGAAGGUGACAGGAACCACCUACAGGAGCAGUGUGAGAGGACGUAGCUCAGAUGAUCUAGUGAUCGGCACUCAUUUGGGAAUGGGGAUCUGCACUGAUCCAGUUGAGGUGGCCCCUAUGAGACUGACCCCUGGAGAGAGACAAUCAGGUGAUGGAACUUCUCUACCAGAGACGCCCAACAAUCUGACCAAUCUGUCAGCAGUGUAUGCUGAGCUAGAGAAUGCCUAUGCAGGGAAGAGAUCGAAAUCCCUGAAAAGUCGACCUCCCCCGGCUCCUGACUCUCUGGUUAACACGGAUGUCUUCCCGCAUGCUUCGUCGCAGUCUGUGAGGGCUCACUCUUCAUCUCCAUCUGUUAGAGCAACUUCAGGUAGCCGCAAAUCUGCAUCAGCCCAGCCUGCACCCCCUCCUCCUCCACCUCCUCCUCCACAGCCUCCAGAGUCUUGGACACAAGAGCCUCCCCUUAGUCCCCAGUGCCCCUGCUUCCCACCAGCUCUUCCCACCCAAACCAGUGCUGAGUCCAACCCCUACAUUAGUCUGGACAGCCCACCCCUUUCUCCACCUUCUCCUCCUGACUACCCGCCGAGUCCACCCAUUCGCAAGAAACGCUACACGUUCUCACGUCCACCCCGUACCCAAGACACAGAUUUGUUCAUGGAGGCCCUUGGUGAACAGCUGGGACAGCAGUUAUCUGUGGAUGAUUUCCUCUCACCAGAGAAUGACUAUGAAGAGGAUGUUGUCCAGAUGACCUUCCAAAAUGAGGAAGAGGAUGUAGAGGAGGAGGAGGAAGAAGAGGAGGAGGAGGAGGAAGAGGAGGAGGAGGAAGAGGGUCUGUACAUGCCUCCAGAGCUAAGCAGUCCAAGCGAAGUCCAUAGCAGCAGUGAGGAUGCCAGCUCUCUCACCUACUCAUCCAGCUCUGAGCACAUUCCUCCACCACCCAUGACUCCUCCACCUCCUCCCCCUGUCCAAUUCAAUGACUCCCCUCCACCUGCUGGCUUCACCCCUGACCAUGCACCCCGACAACUUACUUUCCGUCGCCACCACGGGCCUCCUCCACCACCCCCACCAAGGGCUAACCCACCUCCAAAACGACAGUCCAUUCACAAGGUGUUGCCUACCCGUGAUGAGCUGAUGACCCAGCACCAAGUCCUCCAGGAGCACCACUCACUUCCAGUUCAAUCAACAGCUGGCCAUCCUCAACAAACUCAGCAGCAGAUGCACCAGUCUCUACCCCCAAUUCCCUCUCCAGAUAUAACUCAGUCAUCUAGCCACGUAAUCUACGAGAUGCACCAUCCAACUCACCAGGUUCAUCAACACCACCAGGGUCACCAGAUGCAUCACAUUCAUCAAAAUAAACCGAGUCACCAGUCCCAAUCAAGUCAUCAAAUGCAUCAAACUCAUCAUGUGCACCAGACCCUUCAGACUCAACUUUCGAGCUCCAUGGAUAGACUGGAUAGGAUUGAACGAAAGGAACGCUUAGAUAGGCACAUCUAUGAGAUGCAGCCUCAACCCUUGCAUCUGGACCACCAUGCUUAUCAGAUUCAUCAGAGUCAUCAAGCCCAUCUUUCAAGCUCCAUGGACAGGCUCGACAGACUGGAACAGAUGCAGCGUUUAGAGCGACUGGAACGCAUGGAGCGGAUUGAAAGACUGGAGAGAGCAGACCAACAGAUGCAUCAGACGCACAUGGCUCAAGUCGUUUCUCAAGGUAAUCACCCAUCUCAGCCGAGUCAACAACAGUACCACCACCAGAGUCACCACUCUCACCAAGCCUACCCACCAACCCAACCUCCUUCAUCAACUCGCCACAUUCACCAGAUUGAGCUUAUACACCAAGUCCAACCCAUCCAGACUGCUCCUCAAUACCACCAGAUCCAUCAACCCCACCAACCUCAACAGCCCCAGCAGAUUCUGUCCACCUUCCAGCCCCAUCCUUCACAGCAACAUCAGAUUCAGCAGCAACAAAUCCAACAACAACUUCAGCAGCAGCAACAACUUCAACAUCAACAACAGCUUCAACAACAACAACAGCUUCAACAACAGCAGCAGCAACAGCUUCAGCAGCAGCAACAGCUUCAACAACAACAGAUUCGGCAACAAAUUCAGCAGCAGCAGCAACAGAUUCAGCAGCAACAACGUUCAACCCCCUCCAUUGUGCAGGCCAGGCAGAGCCCUCAACCCAUGUACCACGAGUAUCGUCAUCAUCAUCACCAUCACAGCCACCAUGAAGCCCAGUCCCAAACUCAAGCACCAGGUGCACCCCAACCUCAAAGCCACCACGCUGCUAAAGGGUCUACCGUGGAGCCACCGCCACCUCCACCUUUACCUCCACCUUGCAUGCCGCCUCCUCUCCCAAAGUCCUCCCCCCAAAAAUCUGAUUCCAGUCACAUGAGCGUGAAGAGACUACGGUGGGAACAGGUGGUACAUUCAGAGGGAACAAUCUGGGGACAGUUGGAGGAAGACUCUGAUUAUGACAAGCUGAGUGACAUGGUGAAAUUCCUUGACUUGGAGCUUCAUUUUGGGACACAAAAGAACCCUGUUUCUGUUCUAGAACCCUCGCCUCUAGUGGAAACUUUCAGAAAGAAGGACGUGGUUGAGAUUCUCUCCCAUAAGAAGGCCCACAAUGCUUCAAUCCUGAUUGCCCACCUAAAGCUAUCACCAGGUAAGCUGCGGCAGGUUCUGAUGACAAUGUCGAGUGACCGUUUGGAGUCUGCACAUAUUAAACAGCUGCUCCUGUACGCGCCGGACGACGAGGAGGUCAGACAGUACGAACAGUACAGAGACGACCCAAACAAACUCAGUGAGCCUGACCAGUUUGUUCUACAGAUGCUUUCUGUGCCAGAAUACAAGACCCGUUUGAAAAGUCUCCACUUUAAAACGACAUUACAAGAGAAAACAGAAGAGAUGAGGGGGUCGUACGACUGUGUUUUCAGGGCUUCGCUGGAACUCAAGAACAGCAAAAAGCUAGCAAAGAUUUUGGAGUUCGUUCUGGCAAUGGGCAAUUAUCUGAAUAAUGGUCAACCCAAAACCAACAAAACCACUGGCUUUAAGAUAAAUUUUCUCACUGAACUCAGCACCACCAAAACAGUGGACGGAAAGUCGACAUUUCUGCAUAUCCUGGUGAAAUCGUUGUGCCAACAUUUUCCUGAGGUUCUAGACUUCGGCAAGGAGCUCAUGACAGUUCCACAAGCAGCCAAAGUGAAUCAGAGAAACAUCACCUCUGACUUCAGUGACUUACAUGCCACAAUCAAAGACAUUCGUGCAGCGUGUCAGAAAAUGCCUUCCACGGCUGAGGAUCGGUUUGCGGUUGUUAUGAGCGGGUUUCUGGAGAACAGUCACCCUACAGUUCAGUCCCUCGAGUCUCUGCAGCUGAGGGCCAUGGAGGAGUUCUGUAAAGUCGCAUCCUUUUUCGGUGAGGACGGGAACGCCACUACCACAGAGAGUUUCUUUGGCAUCUUUACGGAGUUCAUUGCUAAAUUUGAGAGAGGUCUGAGUGACAUCCAGACUACUGAGAUCCCUCCACGCAGCCCCAGGAGUCCCCGCACGACCUCUCCUUUAGCCUGGUGAAGAAACCGUCCAGCACUCCAGUAUGUCUGUCCAAACUGAUGGACGCCAUAUCCUAUCCGGGUCUUGUCAAGUUAUGUAGUGGAUUUUAUAAAAAGUUAUUUGAAUACGGGACAAAUCAGAAAGAUUGUGCUUAUAAAACUACAUAAACGUAUAAGUAGCUCAAGACAAUUUCAGUAACAGUAAUGCAAAGGUUGUGGAUUCAAUACGCAGGGUGCAUAUGAAUCCGUCAGACAACUUUUCGUUGUGAAAAGCGAGUUUUUUAUCAGGCUCCUACAUUUACUUUCUGCAAAGCCAGUUAUUUCAGACCGGGCAGAGUGGGGUAUUUAGAAGGUUUUGAAGCAAAAUUUUUUGAGUAACGUAGGCUAUACUAUGUGUGGAGAGCAUUCACUCAACAUCAUAAUCUCAUUUUUGACGGAGGUGGCUUUUAGAGGGUUUUGCAUCUAAACUCUUCAUAUUGAGAAAGAAAAUGUACUGUUGAACACACUUUGGAUAAAGCACUUGCCAAAUGCAUGAAUGCAAACGGAAAUGAUUUUGUAAAAGUCUCUGGAACUUUACGCACAUUGGGCCUCAUUCACGUUCGUAAAUAUAUGCGUAAAUUCCGAGUAAUUUGCGUUUAAAACAGAAUUCCCGUAAACUCUCCUCCGGAUUCACAAAUACUUCGUGAACGUCAGAUUUCAUAGUAAAAUGUGUGUAUGUUAAUGAAUUCCAGUCGUUCGUAACAGGGCGCGCAUGCGCGCUCAUUCAUAAUUAGCAUAAUCCCCGCCUAUUAAUUACGGCUACGCAAAUUGCGUAUCUAGGAAUGGUGGAAUCCUCUGGACUUCAUUCUCUGGCUUGGCUACAUUAUAUUGCUCAAAUGCAUAAGAUACUAAUUUAUGCUAUAUGCUUACCAAUAAAUGAACCAAUUAAACUGUGUCCACCAAAGCGUUUUUAACCAGCUAAAAAAAAAUACCUGGUGCUCUUCUUGACCAGGUGGUGGCGCCUGAGAACGCUUUGGAGGCACUGCGCGUUAUUCCGGAGAUGCGUUGGUUGCUGUGAUUUAGAAUAUCCGCAACUUGUAUCUUGUUUUGAAGAAUAUUACUUAAUAUGAAAAUGUAGUAACCAUUAAUAUUAACAUUUCCAUUGUUGUGUAUGAUGGUUGGUAAAAUCAAUGUAGUGUUUGUCCCGCCUCUUCUUCACUGUGAUUGUGGACGGCUGUGUAAAAAAGUACAGUGACGAGCUCCGCGUUUUAUCCAAAGUGAAAAAGUAAAAAAAGAUAAAAGACAGAGCAAAAUGACUCGUGAAAUAUCAUUAUCAAAAUGCAGUGUCAUCAGUUUGUCUAAAAGAUUACAGAACGUCACGUGCGGUUUUACGCACUGUUUACACGUGGUAUGUUUCUUUCGUAACAACUAACAUUUUGAAAAUACGAACAUUUUCAUGAAUCCGAAUUAUGUUAGAAUGACUUUACGAACGAUUGACACAAAAUUUGUUCUGCUCGUGUUUCAUGAAUGAGACCCAGUAUGUGAAGAAUGAAAUAAUGUGAUCGUUUAUAACGCAUUUUUGGAUUUGCAAAUGAAAGAGAGAAGAGAGAAGAGAGAAGUUGGGCAAAAAUAAUAGCGAGUGAAUGAGAAUUGGAUGAGGUAUAAAAAAAGGUAAACAUAAAAUAUAAUAAGCACUGUCAGUAUCAUGUUUUGACAGAAUUGAUAAAUAAAUAAAGUUGUUGAGGGAAAAGUGCUGUUCAACAGGUUUUUUAUUCGAAAUAAUGUCUUAACUGAUCAAAGUUAUUCCUCAUGUGCAUACUGUUUAAAUGCAAUAUAUAUAAAAUAAAGAGAAUACUUUUGUGUAAUACUGUACCAGAGAUCAAUUUAAUUAUUUUAUUGCUUUGAAUGAAUGUAAACAUACAGUAGAUGAUGAUUUUAGUAGAUGCCUUUGCUGUUUAAUGAAAAAUGAUAUUUUAUGCUGCUAAUCUGCUUUUAUUCCUCAUUACAAUCAAAUGGUUCUUACUGUAUUAUUUUAUUCAUUGUACAUGUAUUGUACGUUGAAAGAUUAUAUGGGACUUUCCACUUCAAAUGUAAAGCUUACACAUACAGUAUGUCUUCAGUGUAAAGUUUACCAGUUCUGACAAUGUCCAGAAAUUUACAGUAUAGUACAUUUAUUAUGUGAAUCCAUAUAUUUAAUAAAAGAAUUAAUAUUGGUCAGAAUUCAUCCAUCUUUGCAUUUGUCUUUUGAGGAUUUUUGAGUUUACAAGUGAAUGUAAAGACCCAUGGGCGUUUUUAUGAUCAAGGCCCAUUUCAUAGUUGUUUAUAUGGUUGUACAUGUUUCAUGUUUAGAAAAUGUUUAUGAAUCAUAAUGUCUAACUUUCUGUUUGAUUUUAUUGUAAAUGAAGGCCUACAAAAAACAACAUAUUUCAAAUGAAUGCUUUGACUGUCUAAAUUAAAAUUGUGUCCAUGCAUUGACAAAUGCAAAAACACCCAUAACACCCCUAUUUUGUUGUUAUUAAUUCAUUUAAGAAAAUACAUGAUUGUUAUUUUAGACUUGUAAUGUUUUGAUUUGGGUUUGUGAUGUCUAAUGAAUGUUGGCAUCUCUACUAAGUAACUGUGUAUAAGGAAUGUUGCAACAUCGUUCUGUUGUCAUCACUGUUUUGGUAAUAAAACA